AUGCAAGCGAUACGCACAGAAGAGUACUCAGAUUUAGAGCCAGAGACAGAAUACAUCACAAAUGUUAGGUCCAGUGAGCCGAACACAGUGGUGCCCCCUCCUGGUAAGAUAAUGUUGUCUUCAGUGGAAAUAAACUCUCUGGUCCUGAGCUGGGAACUGCCGAAGGGACUAAAGGGGCCUAAAAACUUCAUAGUAAAGUGGACUAAAGGAGAGUGGAUCCACGGAAGAGAGCUGGAAGGUUACUCUGUCGUCAAAGAUGCUCAUCAAUUUGAAAUAAACGACCUUGAGCUUGGACAGCGGUAUAUAUUCAGUGUGGCCACAGACAAGGAUGGUAAUUUAAGUGAAUGGGUUGAGAACUUUGUUUUCACAGCGGUGCCAGCCCCUCGGCUCUUAACCAAAACACAUUCAGAGGCCAGCGCCGUGACCUUGAAAUGGACCAAAGGGGAAAACAUGGAGGGAAUUAAACAUCAGUUCAUUAUAACCCUCAAAAGUCAGGGAAAAGAGCCACUAGCGAUACAGACAAAAGAGUGCUUCAAGACAAUCUCUAAUUUAGAGCCAGGGACGGAAUACACCAUCGAAGUCUCGACAAUGCUGAUCGACAGGUGCAAUGAGCCUGUCUCUACAACGAUACUCACAGAGGCCUGUUUCAGGAAGGUGCUGUCAAAGAUGGGCCUUGAAGACUAUUAUGAUGACAAGCUCACACUAAGCACUGUUCUUGAGAUCAAUCAAAGUGAUACAUCAGAGAGCAAACUUGAAAGCCCAAAGUCAUAUCCUGAGGCUUUUUUGAGGAAACUCAUGAUGUUAAACGCAAAUGCUCGAAGUGUUAAAUGUGUGUCCAAAGAUGUUGACACAGACAAGCAAAACACCAUCAAUCCGUUGGACCUGAUAACUGCGUUGUUUCUCUGUUCCGACGGAUUUCUUCAACAAGACAUGGUUGUGAAAAUGGCACUGUGCCAGUUCGCGGUCCCGCUCCUCAUGCCCAACCAUGACACAAGAGAAAUCACCAUGAUGCUGUGGGCUAUGCGCGAAAUAGUUCGGACCUUCAGCCCCUCCAAACUGGCAUUCAGAAACUUAAGCUGUGAAGAAAGAAUUGUGCUCACUGAUAUUCCUCUGCUGUCGUUCGUCAGGCUGGGGAGGACGAGCCUGUCCAAAUCUCAGGUGCUGAACAAACUGCUCAGCAACACUAAGGAGUGUUAUGAUAUAUUUUAUAAUCGUAACAUGGAGGGUGGUGAUGUACCCAGGCAGAUUUCUGAGGGGCUAGUUGAAAUGACCUGGUACCUCCCGUGUGGGAAAAAAAACACAGACAAAUUCACUGAGCCGCUGGCCGUCGCCAACCUCAGAGGAGACAUCAGGGACUUCGACAAGCAGUUCUCAUUCCUCUGCCAGACCUCUGCAGCUGUGUACUGUACAUCUUCUGUGAUGAGUCAGAAAUGGAUUACUUCAAGCAUUUGGAAGGGAUGGUUGUGGAAGCCAGGUUGCUUUUGAUAAGCAGCAUACAGGGGAAAAGCUUCACACUCAAAACGAUGACAAUCAAACCUAGUUUAAAGACAACUACUGUGAGCCAGAGGAAAAAUACGGAGUCAGAACUGGUAAAGGCCCUCCAGGAAUCAAUCCCUAAGAUGCUUGGAAACUGCCCAGUCAAAGUGUCGAUGGAAAAUUUGGCAGACACAGCUCGCCGCUGUGAUAUCUUGGUUGAUGAGGACAUUGAUGAAUGCCAGGGUGUUAGGAAGAAUGCAGAUAACAUCAUCCAACACAUCGCUAACACCUCUAUGUUCAAAGAAAAACAACUACCUUCCCAGGGACACAUCUGGAAAGAGCUUUCAUUGCUCAAAACGGAGUACUGGAGACUGCGAAACGCUGGCAAUGAAAACAUUGAGGACUACCGCAAGUCUUUGAAAAUAACAGAAAAAGAUCUUAAAACUCACCAGCAAAGAUUAGAGAUAAGCUCUGCAAUGCUUAGAUUCUUUCAAGGGGUGGCCUCAGAAGUGCAACGCUACUAUUUCCUCAAAUGGCUGGAAAUGGAUUUGGACAAUCUGUCCCGAAAUGAACUGUCAGAUCUGAAAGAUAGAUAUAAAGAGCUAAGGGAAAAAUGUCCUGAAGACACAGAAAAGAUUGCAGAGAUUGAUCAGAAAAUAUCAGCUUGUUCUUUACGCCUUGAGCACUUUUUACGAGAGUGUGGCCAGCUGUUCCAAUGUGUGAAUCACCUGCCAGAAUUCAGCAGUCAAAGAAAGACCUUGGAACAACUUCCUGAACUCUGUGCUCAGAUGCUGCUAGAUGGUUUCCCUCUUGAGCUCGUUGAUGGAGAUGUUGCAAACAUUCCGUUGAAAUGGAUCACUGAGGUGCUAAGGGAGCUUCACAAGUCUAUGCAUUCCAAAAGUAAGCUGAAAGUCAUCACAAUCAUUGGAGCUGAGAACUCAGGAAAAUCGACUCUGCUAAACACCAUGUUUGGGGUCAGGUUUGCAGUCAGCAAAGGCACAUGCACCAGAGGGGCGUUCAUCCACCUGAUCAAUGUCAACGAACACGUCAGGAGGAAACUGGAGUGCGACUGCAUCAUGAUAAUUGACACAGAGGGACUGAAACCACAUCAGAUUGUCCAAGAUGAUCACAGCCAUGAACGUGACAUAGAAGUAGCGAGCCUCGCUGUAGCACUUAGUGACGCCACAAUCGUCACUGUUUCCAUUGACAACUCAAAAGAGAAAGAUCUCUUAGAAAUGGUGCUUCAUGCUUUCACGAGGUUGAAGAAUGUGGGCAAGAAGCCACUCUGUCAUUUUGUGCACACCAACAUGUCAGAAAGUCCUGCUGUAGAGAGGAAGAAGAGAGGUAAAGAGUUGGUGAAACAGCUCAAUGAAGUGAUCCGAAAGGACACUAGGAUGAGGAAGGCCAAAAUCACUAAGUGCUCAGAUGUGAUGGAGUUUGAUCAAGACACUUUCAGUUGGUACAUGCCUCCGGUUUGGAACGGGACUCCACCUAUGGCACCUUUCAGUGUUGACUACAGUGAGACGGCACAUGCUUUGAAAAAGAGACUCAUAGGGGACCUCAAAAAGUGCCAGGGAAGAGGUGAUCUGAUGCAAUUUAUCAGCGAUGUGGAUAGAUUCUGGAAAGGUUUGUGAGGCAGGAAAAGAUGGCAAAGGGAA